AUGGCAGAGGAACAACAACAACCACCACCACCGCAGCCCGAUGCCCAUCAGCAGCUCCCCCCCAGUACUCCCAGCCCGGGGGUGGCUCUGCCAGCCCUGGUGCCCGGGCUGCCGGGGACUGAGGCCCGCGCGCUGCAACACAAGAUCAAGAACUCCAUCUGCAAAACUGUACAAUCUAAAGUGGACUGCAUUUUGCAAGAAGUUGAGAAGUUUACAGACCUAGAGAAACUCUACCUCUACCUUCAGCUGCCUUCUGGUCUCAGCAAUGGAGAGAAAAGUGAUCAGAGUUCCGUGUCAUCAAGCCGUGCCCAGCAAAUGCAUGCCUUUUCCUGGAUUCGAAAUACAUUGGAGGAACAUCCUGAGACUUCACUACCUAAGCAGGAAGUCUAUGAUGAAUAUAAAAGCUAUUGCGACAAUCUUGGUUACCAUCCAUUAAGUGCUGCUGACUUUGGAAAGAUCAUGAAAAACGUCUUUCCAAAUAUGAAGGCACGCCGCCUGGGCACAAGAGGCAAAUCAAAAUAUUGCUACAGUGGACUAAGGAAAAAAGCUUUUGUUCAUAUGCCAACACUGCCCAACCUUGACUUUCAUAAAAGUGGAGAUGGGUUGGAAGGAGCCGAACCUUCCGGGCAACUCCAAACUGUUGAUGAGGAAGUUAUCUCUGCUGCCUGCCGCCUUGUGUGUGAGUGGGCCCAGAAAGUAUUAAGCCAGCCAUUUGAUUCAGUCUUGGAAUUAGCUCGCUUCCUUGUAAAAAGUCACUACAUAGGCACCAAAUCGAUGGCAGCUCUAACUGUAAUGGCAGCAGCACCAGCAGGAAUUAAAGGAAUCACCCAGCCCUCUGCUUUUAUACCCACUGCUGAAAGCAAUUCCUUUCAGCCUCAAGUAAAGACUCUGCCAUCUCCUGUUGAUGCAAAGCAGCAGUUGCAGCGGAAAAUUCAAAAGAAACAACAGGAACAGAAACUACAAUCUCCUUUGCCAGGAGAGUCUCCGGGAAAGAAACUAGAAGGAGUUACAACCAAUGGAGUAACUAGUAUUUCUAAUGGAAAUCCUCCAAUCCUUUCUCCACAGCCUAUUGGUAUUGUGGUGGCAGCUGUUCCCAGUCCUAUUCCGGUACCAAGAACUAGACAGUUGGUGACUUCUCCAAGUCCAAUGGGUUCUUCGGAUGGCAAAGUCCUUCCCCUCAAUGUACAGGUGGUCACCCAGCACAUGCAGUCUGUGAAACAGGCACCAAAGACUCCUCAGAAUGUUCCAGCCAGUCCUGGUGGUGAUCGUUCUGCUCGGCACCGGUACCCUCAGAUCUUACCCAAGCCAGCUAACACCAGUGCACUCACCAUCCGCUCCCCAACUACUGUCCUCUUUACAAGCAGUCCUAUCAAAACUGUUGUACCAGCUCCACAUAUGAGUUCUCUAAAUGUGGUAAAAAUGACAGCAAUAUCACUCACACCCAGCAACAGUAGUGCCCCUCUUAAACAUUCUCCCUCUAUGAACAGUGCAACUGGAACAAUAGAAGAAUCUAGGGCUAUUCCCCAUAUCAAAAAUGGUUCUGUUGUUUCACUUCAGUCUCCUGGAUCCAAGACUAAUGCUGUGGGAACUUCCUCUGUAGAAAUAAAAAUGGAACCAGAGAUAUUAUUAGAUGAAAGUUCUAUACAGUGCCAAGAGAACUCCGAUGUGUCUAAAGCUGCUAAAGUGACCCCGCGUGGAUCUUUGGGGCAGAGAAGUAAUUCAGAGGGCACAGGACUGAAACCCUCAAAUGAAGGUGUAAUUGAAACAAAAGCAACUAAGGCCUGUGACCAGAGGACCAAAUGUAAAAGUCGCUACAGUGAAACGCCACCAGUCACUUCAGGCAAUAAUCACAGCACUCUCACUCUCUCAGUUGCCACUCAGAACUUACCCUUCACCAGCACCAAUUCACCCUCUAACGGUAACUCCACUAAUAAAGACACAAAAUUAUUCACUAAAAGUCCAAGGAAGAGACUGUCUUCUACAUUACAAGAGUCCCAGGUGCCUCCUGUAAAGAAGCCCCUUGUGGAACAGCUCUCUGCAGGUAACAUGGACGCUCAGAAGGGAAGCAGCAGUGCUAAGAAAGAUCAGAAAGCUCUCCCUGCAGUAAAAACAGAGAGCUCAGCAGCUGAUGCUCAGGUUCCUAGCAAGGUAACUAUAAAUGUGGCAAAUCAGUCCUUAAAUUCUAAUGUUGUAAAUGCCAGUGAUUCAGCUUUAGAACAGCCAAUGACAUCAUCAUCUCCAGAUAUAAAAGUUAAAUUAGAAGAAAAUGUGUUUCUUUUAGAAAAUGACUCAAAAGCAGACAGCAGCUUUAAUUCCGAUGCCUGGCAGCAGCAGAUCACUCAGGAGUCUGAAUUUUCAUCUGCUGGCUGUGAACCACAGCAAAUCAGUGUUAUGAAUAUUACUGGUCACUCUGACAUUAAUGACUUAGAGAAGUCUGUUUGGGAACCAUUGCACUUAGAAGGAAUGCAGCAGGAAACCUACAGCCAGCAGCUGCACAGCCAGAUGCAAGAAUCUUCUCUGAGUCAAAUACAAGCACAGUCUUCAAAUCAGUUACCUCUACAGUCUGACCUAAAGGAAUUUGAGCCCACUGUUUCCCAGACAAAUGAAAACUAUUUUCCAUUUGAUGACGAACUUACACAGGACAGUAUUGUGGAAGAGCUAGUGCUCAUGGAACAACAAAUGUCAAUGAACAAUUCACAUUCUUAUGGUAGCUGUUUAGGAAUGACACUUCAGAGUCAAGCAGUAGCUGCAGGAACUCCAUUAUCUUCUCACCCCAACAAUACACACUUCUACCAUUCAAUCCAUAGCAAUGGCACUCCAAUUCACACACCUACACCAACUCCAACCCCCACCCCAACACCAACUCCAACACCAACUCCAACUUCUGAAAUGAUUGCUAGUUCUCAGAGUUUAUCAAGAGAAAGCCCCUGCUCUAGAUUAGCCCAGACUACCCCAGUAGAUAGUGCUUUGGGAAGUAGUAGGCACACACCUAUUGGUACUCCUCACUCUAACUGCAGUAGCAGUGUCCCUCCUAGUCCUGUUGAAUGCAGGAACCCUUUUGCAUUUACCCCAAUAAGCUCCAGCAUGGCGUACCAUGAUGCAAGCAUUGUCUCAAGUAGUCCUGUGAAACCAAUGCAAAGACCUAUGGCUACUCACCCUGAUAAAACUAAACUUGAAUGGAUGAAUAAUGGGUAUAGUGGUGUCAGUAAUUCGUCAGUUUCAAGCCAUGGUAUUCUCCCAAGCUAUCAGGAACUAGUGGAAGAUCGUUUCAGGAAACCUCAUGCUUUUGCUGUGCCUGGCCAGUCAUAUCAGUCUCAGUCCAGGCAUCAUGACACUCAUUUUGGUCGAUUGACUCCUGUCUCACCCGUACAGCAUCAGGGCACUGUUGUAAAUAAUACGAACAAGCAAGAAGGCUUUGCAGUCCCUGCUCCCCUUGAUAACAAAGGGAAUAAUUCUUCCCUCAACAAUAGCUUGAGAUGCCGGAGUGUGAGUCCUGCAGUCCACCGCCAACGUAACCUUAGUGGAAGCACCCUCUAUCCAGUUUCUAAUAUACCACGAUCUAAUUUGACUCCCUUUGGAAGCCCAGUAACUCCAGAAGUCCAUAAUGUUUUCACAAAUGUACACACAGACACUAGUGCCAACAAUAUAGCUCAAAGAAGUCAGUCAGUCCCAUUGACUGUUAUGAUGCAGACAGCCUUCCCCACUCUUCAGAAACAAGCAAACAGUAAAAAAAUAACCAAUGUUUUGUUGAAUAAACUUGAUUCUGACAAUGAUGAUGCAGUAAGAGGUUUGGGAAUAAACAACCUGCCCUCCAAUUACACAGCAAGGAUGAAUCUCACUCAGAUAUUGGAAACUUCCACUGCUUUUCCUAGUGCCAAUCCACAGAAUAUGAUCAAUUCCAGCACUUCAGUUUAUGAAUUCCAGACACCAACUUACCUCACAAAAAAUAACAGCACGGAUCAGAUUAAUUUUUCUCCUGGAGAUAACCAAGCACAAUCAGAAAUUGGAGAGCAGCAGUUAGAUUUCAGUAGCACUGUUAAAGACCUGUUGGGUGGGGACAACCUGCAGGCCAAUCCGCAGCUGGUGGGUCAGGUAGCAUCAGAUCUCAGUAAUGUUGCAUCUGAUUUCUCUAGCGAUAUCAGAUUGUCUUCUGAACUCUCAGGCAGCAUCAAUGAUUUGAACACUUUAGACACAAAUCUGCUGUUUGAUCCAGGUCGCCAGCAGGGACAAGAUGAUGACGCUACACUGGAGGAAUUAAAGAACGAUCCAUUAUUUCAGCAAAUCUGCAGUGAAUCCAUGAGCGCCAUGACUUCAUCAGGUUUUGAGUGGAUGGAAAGCAAGGACCAUCCCACUGUUGAAAUGCUGGGUUAAAUUGUGUUUUAUAAUAUGUAGCACACUGUAUCUAAUGACAGAUGUAUUGUAUUUGUCUUAAUGGAAGUGCCUCCCGCAGCAGAAACACUUGCUAUUUAUUAAUUGUGACAUUUUGAAAGGGUUUGCUGCAUUAAGUGGUUCAUUCUUCACUAGGGAAUAGAUGAGACUUGCUUCUGUUCUAAAUAAGUUUCUGAAGACAAUGGGUCUAUCCAUAAACCAGUAUUAGGAUUUAAAUUUUAUGAUGUUCCCCAUUUAAUCACAUUUUUUUUUUAUUAGUCGACAGUUAACCAGCUUUCACAACAGUGGUCCAGAUGAUUAUUUUUUAAAAUCUGUUUUAUUCCAUUAGUUGAUCUGCACAGAAUCCCAUUGGUUUUAGGCAUAAGGUUGUUUUUGUUUUUGUUUUCCCUUUUGGCACUUUUAGAUAAGAAAUCACAGCUGUGAUGAACUAUAGAUAAGGCCAUUCUUAAACUAAGGAUAGUAUUCAGAUAAUAACAAGUGUGUAGUCUUGAAGCAUAGGGCUAUGGUAUAGUGAGAAAUUUCUGUAGGGCUUUCUCUUGCUUCAAUAGCAUUUACACCUAAAAUGAAGGGCUUAAAUAGGAGAAAAUAAUGAAAAUUUUAAUACUAGUUUAAGGAAAGAAAGCUGCACUAAAUUUUUUUUAAAGAAAUAAACCUAGUGUUAGCCAUUUAUAUUUGUGACCUCAUGUUUAGUCU